UUUUAAUGCCUCAUAAUAAAAACGGGGAGAUAUUAUACAAAUUAAAUACAUUGCUAGAUACCUACAUUUCUAAUUUUUCCUGAAACAUUUAAAAUACAUUAAAUGUUUAAGAGGUUCAAUAUUUAUUGAAGGUCUGGGUCGCCUCGCCCCUUGUGUAACCCAGUGAAAACGUGUUGAACCCUUUAAACAUGUUAUUUACAUUGUUAUUUCUUGUUUUCGUGUCAUACUGAAAAGUCAAUGGGAUGAAAAUAUCAAAAUGUUUAAUGUAUUUCGGAAAAAAAAAACAUUAUUAUUAAAAAGUUUAACCGCAAACAUGCUAAAACACCUAUAACUUCGAUAGAUCAUUUUUCACUUUCAUCACGAGAAAAUUGCUUUAUUGUUUCCAGCUUAGGAGGAAAUUUUGCUACUUAUAUAGUAGCAAAAUUUUCAAUACAUUAUUUGAUUAGUGGUGCGUGCGUUCAAUGUCAAUAGCAUCUGCGAUGGUGGAUGGAGGCUGGUGGCGGCGUGGUGUGGCGAGUGCGGUCGGGCAGAGCACGCAAUGCGCAGGGCGGGCGGGGCGCGGCGGGCGGGCGGCUGCCGGCGGUCGGGCGCGCAGUGCUCCUCGCGCAGGACCGGAGUGGUGUUCACUCGGCGGCGCGCCACGGCGCGACAUGCCCAGCUGAUGUUUAUUUAUACCGCGAGCUCGGUGGAGGGUGCGCGCGGGAGGCCCUCCCCUCCACGGCACCACGGUUUCGCGUGAUGCAGCCGAGCGAACUUGCCGACACCGCGCACGCCACUAGCGGAGUCCCCCCGCAACGUGGCCUCAACGGUGGCCGUUUCGACUUUGACGAUGGUGGUACAUACUGUGGUGGGUGGGAGGACGGCAAGGCCCAUGGGCACGGUGUGUGUACCGGACCCAAAGGACAAGGUGCUUAUGCCGGAUCCUGGCACUUUGGCUUCGAAGUUUCCGGUGUCUACACCUGGCCCAGUGGCAGUUCGUUCGAGGGCCAGUGGCAAAAUGGCAAACGGCACGGACUCGGCGUCGAGACACGUGACCGGUGGUUGUAUCGUGGCGAGUGGACACAGGGCUACAAGGGCCGUUAUGGCGUGCGCCAGAGCACCACCAGCAACGCCAAGUACGAGGGCACCUGGGCCAAUGGACUACAAGACGGAUACGGAUCAGAAACGUACGCCGACGGCGGAACAUACCAAGGACAAUGGAUGCGAGGGCUGCGGCACGGGUACGGUGUCCGUACGUCAGCGCCGUUCGGCCUCGCGUCGCACUAUCGCGGAGGAGCGCGGGGGCAUCGCGGAUCACAGGCUUCGCUCGCGGACGCGGCGGGGACUCCGGACCCCUCAGAGAGGCGCGCCACUCGCAUGGACGACGCUCGCGGCGGCUUCGUGCUUAAGGCCAGCUCCGACGAGCCCGGCCGCCGCGGCUCACUCGUCGAAAAAACAAAGAAAGGACUUCUAUCGAAGUUGCGGAAGCAGCGCAGCGCCGGGGAUCUGGACAAGCGGGGCACGGGCUCGGUACGCUCGGGGGGCUCCGGCGGCUCCGGUUCUUCCUGGGUCUCCUCCGUGGAGAGCACUCACUCGGCCAUGACGCACGUCUCCCUACAAACCAACUCUAAUGCCAGCUUUGUGGUUGAGGAUGAACAUCUGGAUGCGAGCGUGACGGAGACCUACAUGGGCGAAUGGAAAAACGACAAACGUACGGGCUUCGGCGUGAGUGAGAGAAGUGAUGGACUGCGAUAUGAGGGAGAGUGGUUCGCGAACAGAAAGUACGGCUAUGGUGUAACCACCUUCCGUGACGGGACGCGGGAAGAGGGCAAAUACAAGAACAACGUGCUCAUCACAAGCCAAAAGCGGAAACACAUGUUUCUUAUGCGUUCGGCCAAAUUCCGGGAGCGUGUUGACUCAGCCGUCAAUGCGGCGCAGCGCGCGUCCAAGAUCGCGUUACAGAAAGCCGAUAUAGCUAUAUCAAGAACUGCUACAGCACGAGGCAAAGCCGAACAAGCCGACGAGGCGGCAGACCAAGCAAAAGAAGACUGUGAUAUUGCGCAAGCAACUGCAAAACAGUUUGCUCCAGAUUUCAAACAUCCUGGUUUUGAUCGAAUAGGUUUAAGAGACAGAUACAGACAAAAGAAUUAUGACACACAGGUUACGACACCCGUAUCACAAGAAUCUGAAAAGAUCUUGGAUGGAAAGAGCAUUCCAAAUCAUAUCCCUCCGAUGCACUCACAACUUCCUAAUGCCAAUAAAAUACCUAACGCCAUGUCUUCUAGACGACCUUCCGCACAGUAUCCUAACACACAAUAUCCUAAGCCUGCAACGACAGUAGAUCCAAGACUUACAAAUAAUUCAAAUUACAAUACAGACAACAGGGUAUUAGGGCCUCCCUACGAUCCUUAUAACUCACCCAACCAAGAUUCUUGGUCAUCCCCAAAUACACAGUUUCAAGAUAACCCAAAGCCAUAUUUACCUAACGAACAAACCAAUGCCUACAGCUCUAUCCCAUCGAAUGCACCGCAGUCUUCAGCUUAUAGACUAAACAGGCAAGAUGCUAUACAAAAUCCACAAGGCAUGGACCAAAGUAGUCAACAGCAUAUAAACCAAGGACGUAAAUUGUCCACUGUAAGGCAAACACCGAAUCAAAGGCCACAACCACAAGAAUGGAACACUACACAAAAUAUAACUCGACGACAAAGCGUACUCGCUCAACCGUCAAACGAUCCUCAAGAACCUGUUUAUAAUAUGGAUACUGGAACAUCCGCUUACGGCAGAAACGAGUUCCGAAGCGGAACCGUAUAUUCCGAGGGACCAUUGGACCGAACACAAAUGUCGGCAGAUCAAGCUUAUCGCCAACCUCCUAUGGAUCAAGGAUAUCGACAGCAAUUCGAACAACCUGGUUACGGAAGACUAACGCAGGAUCAGCAGAACUACGGCAGACAAGCGCCCGAUCAGCAAACGUAUCGACAGGCUCAAAUAGAUCAGCAGGCAUACCGACAAACCGCCGCCGGCGUGGAGCAGGAUGCCGUAAACGGUGCUAGAGCACCAGGGCAAAGGCCGUCUAUAGAUUACUUCGAUCAUUAUAAAAGACCCCCGAGUAGAGACGGUAGCGUAGACCGCUACGGUAGACGGUCACGACAACCGUCUGUGGAAGCUACGGCGCCCAGCGGUGGGUCGCGCGCGGGGUCAGUAGCCCCACAGCCCGCCCCGGGAUCGCGGCCCCCGUCCCGCGCGGCCACGCCUGCGGCGGGGAAUGGCCACCUCACCUCCGGACGCGGCUCAAUAUCACGAGCGAGCUCACGAGAACAUCAACCUUUCGAAGAUUCUCUUUUGCGAAAGCGUACUCUAGGACAGGAAAUAGUACCGUCUCCUUAUCAACCGAAGAGGACCGAAAGCUUGUUCGUGGCGCAAAACCCGACCCCACCGCCAGCACCUGUGACCGGUGGAGGGGGAGGUGGACGAAAGGACUGGUUCUCCCGGCAGCAGCUUGUGAUCUUGGUGCUGUUCAUCAAUAUCUCGCUGGGCAUCAUGUUCUUCAAGCUACUCACGUAGCACCGGCGACAGGCGCGCCAGCGCCGGGACCUUUAAGCAUUGUCAACCGUAUUGUAAAUAUUUGUAUAAUUUCAACCAAUAGCCAAACCAUAAAUUGAUGUGCUACAAAUCUGUAAUAGCUAUAAUUUUUAAUAUUAAAAUGUCCUUUUGAUACGAGUUACCAUUUUAAAUGAAAACGACUAAAUACAUGUAUUUAUUUGUCGAUAAGGACUACAAUUUGUUGCUAGUGUAAUUAUUAUUUGACGUUGUGCAAGUGUGCAGUUGUAAGACGAUAAUAUAGUACUUUACACUGACGUCAAUCCGUUUCAUAGUAUAGUGCGAGAGUGAUAUAAAUGUGACCCUGUCGGAAUCUCGAGUGUAAGGAGUACGAGUUGUUUAAUGAGCCUGCAUAUUGUAGGUUUAUAUGCCUUCGAUGAUAGUGCUGAACGCCUUAAAAUGCCUCAGUUGUUGAAUUUAAAAUUUUAUGAACAACUGUUUAAAAUUGAUGGUCCACGUGGGAGAUUAAAUGUACACUUACAUAAUUUUAACAACUCUUAGAGUCAGCUGUUAUAUAUUUCAUUAAUAAGCAACUGCGUUCGAGAACUAAGAGCAGUUGAUUUGAUAAGGUGAGAAGGUAGUAUUUUUAUAAAAUUGUUUCAAUAUAAUUCUACGCUCGCCACAACAAAUUAAAGAAAAAAGGUAUUUUAUAAUUUGUAAUGAUUUAAGGAAAUAGUUUGGGCGGUUUAUAAAUUGUCUCAAAAAAUUUAUUCUCUUUCAUAUUGUACCUACGAACGUAACAAGUAUUACUUACGUAAUUACUAAGUGAAAUGCAAAGCACAAAAUUCUGUUAGUAUAAAAUUGUAUAUAGAUAAAUUUAUUGACAUUUACAAGAAAUAAAGUAUUUUAAAUUUAUGAAACUAUGUAAGUAGAUAUUUACCAACAUCGUUUUGCUUAUUACUAAAAGUUAAAUAGAUAAAAAGCUGUAAUGCUUUAUUUUCCUAUUUGAUCAAAUUUAAAGUUAAUAAAAUAAAAGUCCUUUAAUAAAAUACCCAUUUUUUACAAAAAGUAGGCUUCUUUUUAUACCUAUGAUGUCAAUUCUCUCGUAAUCGAAGAUUUUGUAAAAUAAUACUUGUGAAUUAUAACAUAUAUAUCUAUAAUAUGUCUUAUUAAAUUAUUAUUGGCAUGGGAAGCGUGCGAAACUCACUUUUGUCAAAAGACGAAAGUUUGAAGAACAAGAACUCAUUGAAUGGAUGAAUUAAAUUGAAGUUUUAAGACAAUUUUCACGCAAUUAUAUUAUGUAAAAUUGUAAGUUAUAUUUAUAAGAAUUUUAAUUACUUGUAUCGAUUUUAUCUACGUUUCACAAAUAAAAUAUUUUAACAAAACUAAAAUGAAUUUCAGUUAUUAUCUCACUU